AUGCUGAAAAAUGUGAACAGUAACAUGUGGAUUCAAAAUAUUCGCCUCAGCCUAAUGACGCUCGUCUUCGCAACCUUCACAAUGUGGUCGUCGGAUGGCUCGAAAAUUAUGGAAAAAGGGCUUUUCCAAGGAUGGACGUCUUUGGUUUGGACAAUGACCAUCGCAGCCGCUACAAGUGGUAUUGUGGUUUCAGCAGUGAUGAAAUACGCAGACAACAUUAAGAAAACGUACUGCCAAACAUUGGCGAUAGGACUUACGGCUGUCAUUUCAAUCUGCCUGGGAGAACGGAACUUCAGCUUAUCGCUAAUGACAGGAGUCAUUUUAGUGGUGAUCUCUAUAGCUAUCUACGCUUUAUACCCACCUCCACAGCGGCCGCUGAUCCUAGUCUCCGAUUCAGAAGAAGAAGUCGUCGAAAUCGUUUAG